AUGGAGCUCGACUAUGGCAAUCCAGAGCCAUCAUCGUCUGCCAAGGUCGAUGAUGCUCGACAAGGCCCGGCGGCAGAAAAGUGGCCUGCUGGAAAGUUUGGUCCCUAUCUGACAAAGAUGGGAAGGCCCACAAUCGAAGGGUCAGGAUACAGCACCAACAAAUUCAAUGAGUCCGACCCCGAGCCCACUGAAUCUGAGCCAAAGGAUGCCACUCCGGCGCAAAAGAACCUUUGGCGGGCUCGCGAUCUCAAAAGGAGGAAGCGCAACGAGCAGCGAGCGGCCGUCUUGACGAAGCCUCUCGCGAUUACCCCUUGGGAGCAGGGCAUGAACCACGCCAAAUACGCCCUGAAUGUCAUCAAGAGGUACAAAGGGGAGUACUUCGCUAUCCGGAAUUCUUCCCAUUGGAACAAUUGCAAGAGUCGCAAGUGGAUGAGGUGGGGCUAUUAUGCCAACCACCACAUCAAGUACCUCGAUGAGCAGCGAAAGCUGCACGAACAUGGCGGGAUUCCUGCAGGGAUCUCCAUUCUGCCAUGGAACGACCGGUCUGUGCCACCGUUCGUUCCGCCUGUCUGGCCACACAUGGAUCACCCGGAUUCUGACGCGCGCUCUGUUCUUGCGCCACCGGCUCUUACUGCUGCCCCAGUCUCUGCUGAUGUGCUGCCAGCCCCAGCUCACACGCGUGGAACCUUGUUCCAACAUACCCCCGCGUCCGUCCACUCUGAACCCAACCCACCAGGCCCCCGCGGCCGCUUAAUCUGGGUUUCAGGGUCGGCGUUGAUUCUCGGAGGAGGAGGAGCGAAGGAACAUCGAACGUGCCUAGCACACUACAACCCAUACCCAUACCAUGCUCAGACCAUGAGCCAAGGCUCGACUUUCUCCGCAAUGACCUCACGAGCACAGAGAAAAUCACAUCUUUCGAUCAACUUCACUUUCUGCAUGAUGCGGCCGAAGUUGAUCGCCUCUGCAUGGAAGCCAAUCAAUGGCCACAACUCCUAG